AUGAAAUCAAAUCAAACCAAAACCGAAUCAAGGAACAAGACGAGAAACACGGGGGAGAAAGAACAAGAAGAGGAUCUGGGAAAGAUUGAAUUGAAUGGAGAAGAGAACGAGGAGUUUGGAACUUUGGAUGGUCGAGAGCCGCCGCGGGUGGGGAGGGGAACGCUAGCCCGCUUGGCGUUAGCGCUCCCUCUUUUGUUCCCUCCGUCGGCGGUGGGCGCUUACCAUCAUUCAUUAUUCUUUCUCCUCUUGUCCAGACUGUCAUUCCUAGUCCCGGCGCCUACCACGUUUCAUCAACAUUAUUGCCUGCGUCUCGACCUCGGUCAUCAUUGGUUCCAUCCUCCUGAGGAUUUGGCCUCCAUCUCUCGCCGGUCUCGUGCCCCCUCGACCUUGCACAAGGAGCUGGCUGCCUACAUCCGCGCGUUUGAACAGCUCCAACACUCCUAUUUACCCAACCCUGGAAUUAUGGCCACCUCCGACUACUCAAAUCCGGAAUCUCUGGAUGUGUUGGCGACGACGGUGAAUCAAACGAUGGUUGAAACCGGGCGAUUCUUCAAAUCGAAAGGUUCGUCGCAGAAUAGCGCCCAGCUGAAACGAGCCGUCCCUGUUGCGCAGGAGCAGUUUCAAUCCGCGCUUGACAACCUGUCUGAACAAAUAUUCAUCGCAAAAGCGUUCCUCGAGAGGGACUACGAGGUAGUCAAGGCCAGAAAGGCUGCCUUAAGACCCGUGGAAGAUGUUGUUAAGAAUGAACCAAUCGUCAAGCAAGAGCCAGAGGCUGCGCCGCAGCCCCGGGAAUCUGCCGAGGAGCCAGGUAAGACUGAAAUCAGACGAGAGCAGGACAGCCCUUCGUCGCAGCCACCGUCAACCGCGGAAGUCCCUCAACCGGCGCCAACCCAAACGCCCGUCAAGACAGAGAAGCCGGACGAACCGAAGUCUACUGCUCCAGACCAAAACCUCUCCGGACCGACGGAUGUCAAUUUUGAUUCUGUGCUCAAUGAUACGACGGGCGGGGCGAAUGAGUUCGAUCUUAACUUGGACUUCGGGGACGAUGACAUUGGGAACGAAACCUUCCUUGCAGGAUCCAACAUGGACAGUAAGAACGCCGGCGUUACAGGGCAAGGGAAAGGAAACCACCUCCCUGGCAACGAAACGACUGACUUGCCCGGAACAGAAAAUCCAAAUGCAAACCUCCCAGCGGGAGGGGAUGCAUUCGACCUGGAAUUACAAAAGGCCGAAGCAUUUUCGGGUGCCGACGGCGCUCAGGACGGGAUGUUCGGUGGUGGUACAGACGAUAUGAUGGUACCUGGAGAAUCCAGCUUCGACGACCUGUUCAUGGAAAGCGAGAACUUUGGGGGCGAAGGGGAUGGGGACCCCGGUCUGCUGGAAGGGGAUAGACUGAUGAACAUCAACGAGAUUGACGAUAACUGGUUUACUUGA